ACGGUCGGAGAAACAGACCUCACAACAGGAAAAAAAAAAAGUGUUAAAGACAAAGGAGCGGACAGCCUUUAGGGAGAGUGAAAAGCAGCUCAGUUAGUUUUUCGGAGCGCUUCGUGGAGAUUCGGCUGUCUCCCCGCCGGUCGGAACCGGGCGGAGCAACGGGAGAGAAGCUUCAUGUUCAGUUUUUUGGUGAUGGAAAGUCCUGCAAAAAGGCACGCCUGUUGACCCGAGGGACACAACGGUCAACGCACACAAACACUCACAGGAUGGAGGAAGUGGAAACAAACAAGAGAGGAAUGACAACUUGAUUUAUAAUUUUUAUCAACGGAUCCCAUUUUCUUCAUACUUUUUAUUUUUCCACCCCUGCCUAAAUUCUGUCCUGAGUUCUACUUUUUUCAUCCUCUCCUGUUGAGAGAGGUGGUGUUUAUUUACCUUCCACCUUCCUCUGAGAGCCUACAUAGCAACACAGACUCCUCUCUUCCCGGAGGUCGAGGGGGCUGCCAUGGGAACGGCUGUCCUGCCUUCGACGUAGCGUCCUGAGGGCAGUAGUGGUGGAGCUGGAGGAGGAGGACGUGGCAGUGGUGGCGGCGGCGGCGGUGAACGUCCAGGGAUGGGGAGUACUCCGUAUCCAGCCAGCGAGUGGAAGCAGAAGGGCCGAGGCGGACUGCAGGAGCUGGGCUGCAUGCCCUGGAAGGUCAGCAAGCAGAAAGCUGCAGCAGGAGGGGGGGAAGCGGUUUCAGGAGCAGCGGAGAGGAGGAGCAAGGAUCCGAGGGAUGGUCAGCUGCAGCAGGAUCUCUCGUCGUCAUCGUCCUCCCUCUCCCCGCCGGCUCCCCAGCAGACUUCUCCAACUACUCCGGCCAUAUAUCACGAGAAGCAGCGGAGGGAGCUGUGCGCAUUGCAUGCGCUCAACAACGUCUUCCAGGAUGGGACGGCCUUUAGUCGGGACACCCUGCAGGAGAUAUACCAAAGGCUAUGUCCCAGCACUAUGGUGACGCCUCACAAAAAGAGCAUGCUGGGAAAUGGGAACUAUGAUGUAAACGUCAUCAUGGCGGCGUUGCAGACCCGAGGGUUUGAGGCAGUCUGGUGGGAUAAAAGAAGGGAUGUAGGCAGCAUUGAGCUGUCCAACGUGGAGGGCUUUAUCCUGAACGUGCCGUCCAAUCUGCGCUGGGGACCCCUCCGGCUGCCACUUAAACGCCAGCACUGGAUUGGAGUCAGGGAGGUGGGAGGUGUCUACUACAACCUGGAUUCUAAGCUACGCAACCCUCAGCCUAUUGGCAGUCCUGAUGAGCUCAGGAAGUUUCUCCGUCAGCAGCUGCGAGGGAAGAACUGUGAACUCCUGCUGGUUGUCUCAGAAGAGGUGGAGGUCCACCAAACAUGGCGCUCCGACAGCUGAGUGUUGCACCAGCCAAUCGCAUCAGCCAAACGGGCCUGUCGCAGGACGAACUGGAGACGAAGUAGCGUUGUGCACCGCCGAUUGCAUCAUCGAUGCACCCUGGCAGUUAUCGUUCCUCCCCACCAACCCUGUAUUGUUUUGUUUUUUUUCUUCUUCUUUUGGGUUUUGUUUACACGGCCAUUUCUGAACACUUAGCUGAUCUGAGACACAAAGUAAUGAAGGAGGCAAACGUAUAUAUAUGCUUAUUUUUUCUGUCUUUCCCUUUUUAUUUUCUCACAUUUCUAAAGUUGUGAGAGUUUUGGAUCUAAGGAACAGGCAGAUUUUUACGUUUACUAUUUUUUUUCUCCUUUUUUCCCCCAAUGUUCUAUUUUACUCCAUAUUUUCCCAUCUUUCUCACCAAAGUGCACCCUUGCUUCUUUUCCCCUCAUCUCGAUCUCAUCGAAUCCCAGCUCAGAGUGAGAGGUUUACCACGUUGCCGACCGUGUGUGUAUUUCAGCAACUCCCUACACUUCUGGCACCGGCUCACCCUUUACUGUAGAAACUUUGCCAAUGCAACACUUUUUAUAUUAUGGCAACAAAGCAAUGCAACACUCUGGUCAAGUACUCCCUCUAGUGGAUAUUUGCUCCAGCUUGCUUAUAUCAACGAUCAUCUAGUCAUGUGUUUUUAAAUUUCUUUUCACUGUAUAGACGCUUCUGUAAAGGAAAGAAAUAUGCUAUUUGUUUAAGCAUAUUUGCACUACUCACAAACAUCACCCGUCAGUAAAGAAAUAUAUGUUUUGGGUUUGAUGCUAAACUCUCUUCCUCUUCUGAUCAAAUGCAGCAAAAUGCAUUCACUAAUUCAGGAAGGUAAUUUUCAUGCUGUGAGUCAUGCUGACUUCAGAUUUAAAGUGCAGAACCUUUUACUGAGUGAAUUUCUUUACUCCUGCUGAGGGAAUGAUCAAGAGUAAAAAUCACGACUUUACACUAAAGGUUUAGACUAGCUAGUUCUUUACCAAUUAAAUGUAUCCCUUUGUCCUGAUUCGUUGUUGCCAGUUUCUUUUCCAAAGGGUCCCAGUCACAGCAACCCUCUAGCACAGGAACUCAGCAGAUAAAGGGCUUUUCCUCAUCUUCCUGUAGUUUAUUGUCCCCCCUACACCCCACUGUAUAUGAAAAGCAACUUUGAAAGGAAAUCCCUGACUGUCCCAGCAAGUUAUUGACUGUAAUCGGAGGAAUCUGGGUCAAAGAAAGUUGUUUUUAAAGUGUAGUUGAGUAAAGAAAGUUAUUUGCUUGUAUACCCUAAAAGGACCUGGAGGGCAAAACAAAAAUAUUUUUGCAGGUGUUAGUCUAGAAAGUUGGAUGAAAAACGAAAGUUGUUGUUGAUCUGGUGUCGUGUCUAAAGGAAGAAAGAUUUUCGGUAGUUUGUGAGGCGAUUAAAAGUUCACGUCUCCAAUUGUUAAACUCUUCGUAUUAUGCAUGUUAGUGAUUAAAUCGGCCUUAACUUGUUUACAUGAAAAGUAUGGAGAUUUUGGAGUUUGGCACCAUAUCAGAAAAUCCAAAGGAGCAGUUCAUUAUAUUUGGGAGGAGAAAUGGCAGACGCCCUUCCAUUUUUACAGAGCAACUACUCCCAUGAUGAGUUUUCACUUUUUUUUCUGCCAAGGAGUUUGUUACACUUUUUUUUUUAAAAAUAAGCAAUCCAAAUAUAUAAGUUGUGCAUGUUUUAUUUCAAAUUGGAAGCAACAUCCUCAUGUUCAAGACCUGUCUGUAAUCCUGUGAUGUCACAUUGUAUCCAUGAGAGACUGCGUUGAACUGUCACAUAUUUUUAUUAACUGAACACGGACACUGCGACCUCUGUUGCACAUUCGCAUUCGUAUGCCUUUGCUUUAUUGCCACGACAAUCCAUUAAGUCCUUCCCCCUGGAGGAAUCCUGAUUAUCAGUGUACUUUAUUUUUUUAUUAAAAAAAAUAAAUAAAUAACAAUAAAAUCCUCA